AUGAGCUGCAUGGAUGUGAAACAGGAAAAUGUCCAAAGCAAUGAAAAAAACUUGAACGAAGCCCAAAACAUUGCCGCUGUUGAUGGAGACAGUAAAAAGGGAAACGAUGACAACAUGAAAAGUUAUAGCAGUAACCCUGGAAACAACAGGGCGUCGAGAUCGUACAAUCAUCAGGGAUACACAAACAUGAACCAGAGCAGCCACCCAGGCGGUAUGGGCAACGAGUGGAAUGACUUGAGGAGCGGCUCAGGUCACACCUAUAGGGGUGCAAAUAAAUCUGUGGAAAGCAACAAUUUUUCCUCAAUGAAUAAGAAAGAGCAGGUGAUGGAUCAAGGAAACUGGAGGAAAAAAGAAUACGGCAAUUUACCAAGCUAUAGAAACAAUAACUAUAACAGUAACGAAAUGAAUGCCAAUAUAAACAUGAACAGCUCAGAAGGAUCCAAAUAUAAUUAUAAUAAAAAUAUGAGCAGCACGGAUAAUUCAAGGUAUGGUUAUGGUAGAAAUUACAGGAACGUUUAUAAUAAAAAUAUGAAUAGGAACAAUUCUGACCUGAAAAAUGUAAGCUCCCGAUCCAGUGCACAAGAAGUUAACAAAAAUUUUAACAAUAAUAGUAGUAACACGAAUAAUGGUAUUAGUGCUGGUAGCGGCACACCGUCAGCCAGUAGCAACACCAUGAACAGCGCCAACGGUGUGAAUAUCGCCAGUCCAGAUAAUUACGCAAAUAGUGAAACAAUGCCCAAUAAUCAAAACAAUGCAAAAAAUUCAAAUCAAAAUGAUUUCACAAAUGUGGGAGGAAAUUAUAACAACAAUUUUAGCCACAUGAAUAACAAGGCCUUUUACGAAAGUGCAAAUAAAGAUAACAAGUUUACAAAAUCGAGCAUGCAAAGUGGUGAGGAUACGGUUAACUUUAAUACUAACCCAGAUGACAAGAAAAAUAUCAACUACAGGAAUAACCAAUACAGUGGGAAUUUUAAGAGUGAGGGAAAUGGCAGUGACAUGCCAAGUAGAAAUAUCAACAGGGAUGAAGCAAAUAAAAAUAACCCCGCUGCAUUUAAUCCAAACACGAAUUAUAAUUCGACGACUGCUGGGUUUAAUAACCCAUCUAGUAACUUAAACAACUCAGCAUUCUACAAACAAAAGUAUGAAAAUAACGACACUGUGAAUGGCGCGAAUCAGGGCAAGAAUGAAUAUCUGCCUUAUGGGGGCCAAGGGGCGAACAAUAAGUACUACGCAUCGCACAGAGGCGGAAACAGCGGUAGUAAUAAUAGGGGAAACAUGAACAGGAUGCACUCGCAAAACGCCGCUUACAUGAGUCACGAUAACCAAAAUAGAAAGAGCCAUAUAUACAGUAGCGAAAGUGCUAACAGGAAUAGACUAAAUUAUGCGUUUAAUGCGAAUGGCGGAAAUAUGGGUUACAUGGAUACACACGGAAAUAGCGGGUGCCCUGAAAUGAGCAACGUGUCUGGUGUUAACCGAAACGGCAUGGACGCAACAAAUAAUUUUUACCCGCAUUCUUCAGGUAACCCCAAUGUUAAUAAUCAAGGCACCUCCAAUGCGAACCACUUGAACAACAUGGCUCCCAGCGAUAACGCAAAUUUUACGAAAAGGGAGUGUAUGAACAUGGAUAAUAAUUAUGAUGCACCCCAUGUACAAAACCAAGGAGGCUAUUAUGAAAAUGCAGGCGGUGUUAACACAAAUGGAAAUUUUAACGCUCAAUCGGAUUUUGCCGACAAAGGUACAACAGGUACUUUCAACAACACCAGCGUUGUAACGAACCCAGCAGUAAAUAGCAACCCCAAUUUGAAUAAAACAAAUUGGACAAAUAACAAUACUGAAAAUAGUACUAACUAUCCUGCCCGAGCAGUAGGGGUUGGGGGAAGCACCAAUAAUAAUCCUAACAUGAACAGUGCAGAUAGCCGCAACAAUAACAACGAGCAGGAGGAUAAUGAUGACUGGGGAGAACUAGGGGAGGAUAAGUAUAUAGAUAUCAAUUCCAUUAUUAAUAAAAAAAAUGUUAUUCUGAAUCAGCUAGCUAAUUUGAAUAUGUCCAAAAAGGGAAAUGAUAACAAGAACAAGAAAAAGGCCAAGGCGAAGAAGGAUGAUGAACCAUUCAUUCUGCCAGGGGUAGAUUCGAGUAUGUCACUUGGGGAGAAGAAAAAAAAUAAAAAAAAUAAAAAUAAAAAUGCAAAGGGGGGUGGUGCUAAUAAUAAGGAGAAAGAGAACGAGAAGGGUGGAAAGAAUGCUAAGGAUGCUGAAAGUGGAAACAAUGAUCAAUCAGCCGACAAGAAAAAGGAAAAGAAGGGAAAUGCCGGUAGUGAAACGGAUAGCAAAAUGAACGAAGGAAGUUUAGUAGAUGAUCGAACAAACGAGACGAUUGAUAAUGCCUUUACGAAGAAGGAUGAAGCAAAUGAACUUGAAAAAAAUGAUGACUCGCAGCAACAGGAAAAUGAGGAGAAAAAAGAAGAAGUGACUGAAAAACCAGCCAAAGCUAUAUACGUGUUUAAGAGAAAAGAAAAUAUGUCCCCUUUGGAGUAUAUGGAGAGACAAGUAAAAAGUCUUCUGAACAAAUUAACGGUAGAAAACUUCCCCAUCAUUACCGAAAAAAUGUGCCAAAUUAUGGACUCACGUACCAAUACGGACGAAAUACAAACCGUUGUAAAUGAAGUGAUUAAUAAAGCUGUUUUGGAACAUGACUGGUCAGAAAUGUACGCCGAUGUUUGUCAAGCCUUGAAAUGGAGAUCGCCAAAUUUUGAAAUGAAAAAAAAAUCCUCCUUCGAAAUUGCACUCUUAAAAAAAAUCCAAGAAGAAUAUGAAAAUUUGCCAAGUACAUUCGAAUCAACCAUGAAGGAAAAAUUAAAAAAUGACGAAAAUGAAGAAGAGUUAAGUUUCGUAGAACAAAAACAAAAAAAAAGAUUAUUUGGAAUUGUAAAAUUGAUUGGGGAAUUAUUUCAAAGACAAAUUGUAUCCAUAUCUAUUGUAAUUAGUAUAGCACAUGAUUUAUUAAUCGCUUUUGAGGAACCGAAGGAAUAUUGCAUUGAAGCUUUCCUCCAGUUAAUUUACUCCACUGGAUUUUUUAUUGACAAAAUGGAAAAGUAUAAAAACAUUUUAGACACCUGGUUUGGGCGACUCAAAGAAUUACAAAGAAAAAAAAUGUAUUCUAAAAGGAUAAAAUUUGUAAUUCAAGAUGUUUUUGAUUUAAGAUUAUCUGAAUGGAGAAAGAAGACGCAUAAAGAUACAGCCAAAGGUUUGAAUGAAUUGAGAUCCCAACUCGAGACGGAAGAAAUGAUGGGAGGGUCUAUUCACUUGGCGCAGCUCGGAAAUAUAGUUAUUGUUGGCGAGAGGCAUAAUAUCAGGAAUAAUGAAUCCUACUCCAAGUAUAUGCAGGAACAGGAGAAACUUAGCAAGGCAAAUCAGAAGAAGUGA